AUGAGUAGUGCAACUACAAAUUCAUCUUCAGAAGAUUUACGUUCAGCUCGUCAAGAAUUAUGGUCAAAAAUACAAGAUAUUGAUGUACGUCUUAAACAAUCCUAUGUUCCACCCCAUUUUCGUAUAACAACGUCUUCAACAAAUAACCAACGAACAUUUUCAACAAAUGAUCAUCCAUCGUCAAAUGAUUCACCCAUAAAUGCCAAACGUUCUCGAGUAUCAUCAUCAUCCUAUGAUGAACAUAAUAAUACAUCUUUACCAGAAAAUAAUUUUGAUGAUUCAUCAAAAUCUCUUCAUUCAUCUAUUGUACCAACAAAUAAAAUCAUAAAAACAAAAGAUGAUCUUAUAUCGCUUGUUAAUCGUGAUCAAGAAUCAACUGGACGUAAUCGUCGUAUGUUCGGAGUUAUAUUAGGUACAUUAAAUAAAUUUAAAGCCGAAGCUAAUGCUUAUAAUGGACAAACACUUGGAAUAAAACGACAAGAAAUUGAAAAACGUUUAGAAGAAAAACAAGAAAAAGAACGUGAAGAUAAAAAACAUGAACGAACAGAAUUAUUAGCAAAUAAAAAAACUUGUCAACAACAAUUAAAAUUAGUUAAUAUUAAACUUGAAAUUAUGCAACGUAUAGCAACCUAUGAAAAAAAUCAUUUACCAUUAAGAAAUUUUAUUCGUACAAAAACUAAACCGUAUAUUUUCUAUUUACCAAAAGGUCCAAUUGAUGAUGUAUUAGAAAAAAAAUUUCAAGAAACUCAACUUGAUAUUGAUAAAGAAUUGGAAGAAUUUAAACGAGAUUGUCAACGUGAAUUGGAUCUACUCGAUGAUUCAACGAAUAUAAAUGAUGAUGAUGAUGAAAAUAUCAGUAAUAAAAAACGAAAAUUAAAUGAACAUCAUGAUUUAGAUGAUGAUGAUGAUGAUGAUACAUUAGCGGAUUUACCUGAUGAAAUAACUUUAUCAGCACCAGAAAUAAAAAGUGAAAUUGUUAAUACAACAACUAAUUCUAAUGUUGAACAAUCAAAUACUAAUAAUAGUACAAGUUUACCGAAAUCAGCGCGCACAGUUAUUUAUGAUGAAACAGAAACAACAAAUAAACAUGAUGAUCAAUCAAUGACUGAUGAUUAA